GGAUUUCUCUUUCCCCCUUGCCCCGCUCCCCUCCUCGCACCUGAUCAUGCUUUCGCGCUCUGUCUCUGGCCUCGCCCGCACGACUGGCGCGCGCGCCGCCCUCGCCCUCGCCCGCCCCGCCGUGGCCACCCGCUCCCUGAGCACCCUGAGCGAUGGCCUCACCGAGGAGCAGCUGUCCAUCCAGAACCUGGCGUUGGACUUCGCCCGCAACGAGAUGGCCCCCAACAUGGCCCGCUGGGAUCUGAAGGAGGAGUUCCCCGUGGACACCCUGCGCACCCUGGCCAGCAUGGGGUUCGGCGGCAUCUACGCCAGCGGCAAGUACGGCGGGUCGGAUCUUAGUCGCCUUGAUGCCUCAAUCAUCUUCGAGGCCCUGUCCACUGGCUGUGUUGCCACCUCGGCCUACCUGUCGAUCCACAACAUGUGCGUCUGGAUGAUUGAUGCCUUCGGCUCGGAGGAGCAGCGCGCCAAGUACCUGCCGGAUCUUGUGUCUAUGAAGAAAUUCGCCUCCUACUGCCUGACCGAGCCCGGCAAUGGCAGUGAUGCCGGCAAUCUGAAGCUCUCGGCCAAGCGGGAUGGCGACCACUACAUCAUGAACGGCUCCAAGAUGUUCAUCAGUGGCGCCGGCUUCAGCGACAUCUAUGUGAUCAUGUCGCGUACCGGGCAGCCCGGCCCCAAGGGCAUCUCCUGCGUGGUGGUCGACCGCACCGAGAUGGAGCAGGGCCUGUCCUUCGGCGGGCUGGAGGCCAAGGUUGGCUGGUCCUGCCAGCCGACGCGCACGGUCACCCUGGAGGAUGCCCGGGUCCCGGUGGCCAACCGCCUGAGCGACGAGGGGACCGGCUUCAAGAUCGCCAUGAGCGGCCUUGAUGGCGGGCGGCUGAACAUCGCCAGCUGCUCGCUCGGUGGCGCCCAGGCGGCCCUGGACGCGGCGGUCUCCUACACCAAGGAGCGCCAGCAGUUUGGCGGCCCGGUGGCGGCCUUCCAGAACACGCAGUUCAAGCUGGCCGAGAUGGCCGGCCAGCUGACCGCCUCGCGGCUGAUGGUUCACCGCGCGGCCCAGCUUCUGGAUGAGAAGAAUGCCGCGGCCGCGGACGCCAGCCUCUCGGCGCCCUCCAUCAAUGUGACCGCCUACUGCGCCAUGGCCAAGCAGUUUGCCACCGACCGGUGCUUCGACAUCUGCAAUGAGGCUCUCCAGCUCCAUGGCGGCUACGGCUACCUGAAGGACUAUCCGGUGCAGCAGUACAUGCGCGACACCCGCGUCCACCAGAUCCUUGAGGGCACCAACGAGAUCAUGAAGGUCAUCGUUGGCCGCGAGAUGAUCAAGGACUAGAUGCCGCUCGGGGAGGCGCGCUGGUGUGCGGCCGCCCGGUGGUCCGCCCCCCGGCCGGCGAUCGGCUUUCCUGUACUCCCCCCCCCCCC